UAAGAAAUUAGGUGUGCAAAAUGUGUUUGAAUUUUACGGAAUCAAUUCAGAUUGUCAUUUUUAUUUCUGUAUCUUCCUGAUUGACAAUUUCAAUUGUGUGAUGUGUAUUUUGCUAUUUAUAGUGAUUUUUUAAUGCCCUAAUGACUUUGAAAAACCAAAAAAUUGGAACUCUUCGUUAGUUAAAAUUUGAUUUCUAACAAAUAUUUGAUUAAAGAACUUUUGUAAAUACAAUUUCAGUAAGGGAUGUAUUUAUCUUCUGUAUAUACAAUUGGUUGUAACUUCUUCAUCGCUUUCGUUCUCAUAGCUAUGGACUCUGCUAUGGUGAUCAAGGUGAAAUAUGAAGAUACUCUCAGGCGCUUCAGUGCUAGUGUGGAAGAGAACAGUCGCCUGGAUCUUAAUAUGGUUGGGUUGAGAGCUAAGAUAAGUUCUAUUUUCAACUUCACCGCCUAUGCAAAUUUUAUUCUGAGGUAUGUUGAUGAAGAUGGAGACUUGGUGAAUCUUGUGGAUGAUGAUGAUUUGCGUGAUGUGAUGAGACAACAAUUAAAAUUCUUGAGAAUUGAUGUACAUAUGAUCAAUAAUUCUGGUGGUAAAUCAGAUGCUGAUGGUUCUAGUGGAAGUGCCACCCCUUUAAACAUGAUUUGAGGCUUGUACUAGCAGCCUCCAGUGUCGGUCGACAGGUGGAGGCUGGAAAUGUGGGAGUCGCCCCAGUUGAUCUCAAUACUCUCCAUGUGAUCCAUAUUCACACAUUAAUGUAGAUAGUGCACCACUUUCAUCAGCAGUUCAUGUAAGUGAUGACAAGGGUAAAACGUCUAUUGUUGAUAGUCUUGCUGGUAAGGGUGAAAUAUGUGGAACAUCAAUGAAUUUUGUCGCUCCCAAUUACACCCCAACCAAUAGUCAUGCUACAAGUUACAGUACCCCUAUUGACUGUCCAUUUUCUGGGACACAUACUCUUUAUUCAAUGCCACCUCCUCUAGGAAACAUCUGCAUUCC